AUGAAAGUCACGCUGAAGUUUGAGGAAGCUUCUACGGAGGACCGUUACAUGACGCUCCGGCUUACUCUGCCGCAGAAGUAUGUGAACGGAGCCAACAAGGAGGUGGUCAAGCUGUUUGUGGAUCACUACAACAAGAAGCAUGCUGAGACUCCACUUUCAGCGGACGAACUGCAUCUGAAAAUAGUUGGCGGGAUUCACCUCGACAAUGAAGAGAGAGUGCGAGACUCUCUGUCGAAUGGUGACGAGUGCUACCUCUUAGGCAAAGACUCGGAAGGGCCUGCACCGAAACGACAAGAGCCUGAGAAGGGCUAUCACUGCACUCCAGCAGCCCCCAGCACAACCACCGCGAAACAGGCGGUCAAAAAUGCAGAUGGCAAAGUCAGGUGUAAGAACUUCGGCUGUCAAAAAAUGUUUGAUCCGGACGGGCCGCCACAGGAGUGCGUGCACCACAAGGCUGCCCCGAUUUUUCAUGAAACUGCCAAAUGGUGGUCAUGCUGCCCGGAUAGAAAGGCAUACGAGUUUGAGGAGUUCAUGAACAUUCCAGGAUGCACCCAGGGCUUCUGCAGUAGCGAGAGCCAGGGGAAGAAGGCGCACAGUGCGAGAGACGGUGUGAGCGAAUCGAGCCAACCAGAGCGCCACCUUUGGCCUCAUUCCAUGCGGGUGCUUCUGGAUGGUGUGGAGCUGGUGCGCGUGGACCCUCCAGAUGACCAGAGGCGGCCAGACUCGCCAUUGAAGCUGCGGCCACCCAACAAGGCGGGCGGCCAUGUCUUUCAGCUUUUCGCUGGGGCGGCACCGCCCAGGUUGAUGUCGGGCGCAGCAAAUGCCAAGGACUUCGUGCUGUGCCUACUGGUCACCCGCCCGAGGCGGAGUGUGGCCGACCUUUUGGAUGAGUGUCGGCAAAGGUCCGCCAUUCCGGUAGGAGCCUCGUGGAAGUUGCUUGCUGAGCUGCGGCAAGCUGAGGUUGGCGUUCGAUCCAACACACCUUGGCAGCAACCGCUGCGGUGCCCUUUGACGCAGGAACGGCUCGCGGAACCAGCCAGGGGUAUGCACUGCCAGCAUUUGCAGUGCUUCGAGCUGGAAGCAUUCCUCAUCACAGCGGCGGCGAUGCCUUUUCAGCGCAGGUGGCGCUGCCCGAUUUGUGACUUGCCGCUGCAGCCCGGGCAGCUUGCCACUUGUGAUCUUACAAGGCGAUGUCUGACUUCUGGCUUCGGUGUUUAG